AUGAGCGACCUGGCCCGGCGCCUCGGCGGCGGCCCGCUCAUGCUGCUCCGCUCGGCGAGCUCCGCGUCGUGGUGGCCUCGUCCGCCGCCGCCGCGCGCGGGGUCAUGCGGAUCCCCGGCGCGGACGCCAGACGAGCGCACGCGGCGCCCGAGCGCGGGCGAGCGGGGUCGGCGCGGGCGCGGCGGCGCUGCUGCCGUUGGCGAGCGGUGCCGACGCGAGCGAGCGCGGACGAGCGGGGCCGGCGGUGCGGCCGGUGCGGGAGCGGGCCACCUCAGCGUUGCGGAGGCGUGCGCGGACGGGCCACCAUCGGAGAUUUGCGUACCGAGGAGAGAGGUGCCCAGCCGAAUGCUCGCAUCAACCUGCGACGGAGAUCAUCUCGAACUCGGAGUCGACAUGGAAUCUCUGUACUUCCACAGGAGCCUCAUCGAUCUUAUCGAUCUCAUUUUCCUCGCUAUUUACAUCCUGAGCUUGGUGGUCUCUGCUUGCGCGAAGAGAUUCAGGGUUCGCACAAGGGACCUGCCGUCGCUGUGCUCUCUUACUUCUCUCUGCUGCGCCGUUCUUGGCAUUGCGUGCAUCUGCUCCGGGGUAUGGGGCUCUUCUUCCUCUUCGUCUUCGUCUUCCAGGGCAGAGCUCUUCGUCAGGGGGGUGGUUUGGAUUGUCGUCUCGGUUUCUUUGGUGGUUCGACCGACCAGGUUCUCCCGGGCCGUGGCCAUGUCGUGGUGGGCAGUGCUUGCGGCUAUGGCCACAGCGUACAGCGUGGAGAAGAUCGUCAGGGGCAGCUCGAUGGGCGUGCUUGACAUCGCGUCGUGGGUUGUCAGGUCGAUGCUUCUUUUGUGCGCAGUAAUAAGUGUUUGCAGAAAUCUCUCCUUCCGCAGCGAUGGUGGAGAGGAGGAGGAGACCCAGCCGUUGCUGACGGCGGGAGGCGGGGAGCAGAGAAAGGCGGCGUUCGGGGAUGCAGGGUACUUGAGCCGCCUGACGUUCACGUGGGUGGACCCGUUGCUCUGGCUCGGGUACUCUAAGCCGCUCGACCUUGGCGACAUCCCGCCGCUGGACGCCGACGACGCCGCGGCGGAGGCGCGCCGGACGUUUCUGGAGGAAUGGCUCCGGCGGAGGCAGACGGCCGCGGGGAGGACAAGCACAAGCAACCUGGUGUUCUGGGUGCUCGCCAAGUGCUACAGGAAAGAGCUCCUCCUGACGGCGCUGUACACGCUGCUACGAACACUGUCCUUCGGCGCGGCGCCGGUGAUCCUGUACUGCUUCGUGUCCUACUCGUACCAGCGGGAGCGAGAGCUCGCCACGGGAAUCGCCCUCGUCUUCGUCCUGCUCUUGACGAAGGUCGUCGAGUCGCUGUCGCAGAGGCACUGGUUCUUCGGGUCCAGGCGGCUCGGCAUGCGCAUGCGCUCGGCGCUCAUGGCCGCCCUCUUCGACAAGCAGCUCAGGCUGUCCAGCGAGGGGCGGACGCGGCACUCCGCCGGCGAGGUCGCAAACUACAUCGCCGUCGACGCGUACCGGAUCGGCGAGUUCCCGUUCUGGCUGCACAUGGUGUGGUGCAUGCCGCUGCAGCUCGCCCUCGCCAUCGCGAUGCUCUUCUGGACCGUGGGCGCCGGAACGCUGCCGGGCCUGGUCCCCGUCGCAGUCUGCGGCGUGCUCAACGUCCCGCUCGCCAGGAUGCUGCAGCGGUACCAGUCACGGUUCAUGCAGGCGCAGGACGAGCGGCAGCGCGCCACGGCGGAGGUGCUCAACGCCAUGAAGAUCGUCAAGCUGCAGUCGUGGGAGGACAGGUUCAGGGAGACGGUGCAGCGGUUGCGCGACGUCGAGGUCCGGUGGCUUGCUGAGACGCAGAUCAAGAAGGCCUACGGCAGCGCUCUGUACUGGAUGUCUCCGACGAUCAUCUCCGCAGUCAUCUUCGCGGGGACGGCCACGCUCCGGAGCGCUCCGCUGGAUGCCAGCGUCGUGUUCACCAUCCUCGCCACGUUGCGCAGGGUGAUGCCCAUCAUGAUCCAAGUCAAGAUAUCGCUGGAUCGCAUUGGCGAAUUCCUUGCCGAGGAUGAGUUCCAGGACGACGCGGUGGACAGGACAUCCAUAGCCUCCGACACGAGCCUCAUCGUGCAAGAUGGUUUCUUCAGCUGGGAGCCUAGCAAGGCCAUUGCAACUCUGAAAGAAAUCAAUGUCAGGGCAGUGCGGGGUGAGAAGAUUGCGGUCUGUGGGCCUGUCGGCGCAGGGAAAUCGUCGUUGCUGUGCGCAAUGCUUGGCGAGAUACCAAGAAUGUCCGGAUCGACGUCCUGGAUCCAGAGCGGCACUGUACGCGAUAAUGUACUCUUUGGGAAGCCCAUGAACACUGAGGAUUACGAGAAGGCGAUAAGGUGUUGUGCAUUGGACAAGGACAUUGAGAACUUUCCGCAUGGGGACCUAACCGAGAUUGGUCAGAGAGGCUUGAACAUGAGUGGAGGACAGAAGCAGAGGAUUCAGCUCGCGAGAGCGGUCUAUAAUGACGCGGACAUUUACCUUCUCGAUGAUCCUUUCAGUGCCGUUGAUGCACAUACAGCUGCUACUCUUUUCAAUGACUGUGUGAUGGCAGCACUUCAGAACAAGACUGUGAUUCUUGUGACACAUCAAGUGGAGUUCCUUUCCAAGGUUGACAAGAUUCUGGUCAUGGAAAAUGGGGAGAUAACUCAGGAAGGAACCUAUGAGGUGCUUCUGCAGUCUGGCACAGCAUUUGAACAGCUUGUCAAUGCUCACAGGGACUCAAAAACAACACUAGGCUCCCAGGAUCGUGGCAAAGGAGCAGAAGAGCCAGGCACAUUUCUUCAGAACCAAAUACAGAUGAUACCGCAGAACAGCGAAGCGGAAAUAUCUGAUGCUAAUCUCCUGUCAGUCCAACUGACAGAAGAGGAGAAGAGGGAACUAGGAGAAGCUGGACUGAAACCAUAUAAGGACUAUGUUUCAGUGUCGAAGGGCCGUUUUCUCCUCGUCCUGCUAAUACUCGCACAGUGUGCGUUCGUCAUCCUGCAGUGCCUGGCAACUUAUUGGCUUGCAAUUGCAAUUCAAAGCCGCCAGUUUAGUGUCGUACUUGUGGUUGGAGUCUAUGCAGUGAUGGCAGCUGCAAGCUGCCUCUUCGCCUAUAUUAGGAGCCUUCUUGCUGCUCACUUUGGCCUGAAAGCAUCGAGGGAGUUCUUUUCAGGGUUCAUGGAUUCAUUGUUCAGGGCCCCAAUGCUGUUCUUCGAUUCUACUCCAACUGGAAGGAUCAUGACCCGGGCUUCGUCUGAUGUUAGCAUCUUAGACUUUGACAUCCCGUAUACUAUGAGCUUUGUCAUCUCGGGCACAGUUGAAGUGGCAGGAACCAUAAUUAUCAUGACCAUGGUUACCUGGCAAGUAGUACUAGUGGUCGUUCCUGUUGUGAUUGUUCUGUUAUACAUUCAGAGAUACUACAUUGCAUCAGCGAGGGAGCUAGUAAGGAUCAAUGGAACAACAAAGGCGCCUGUCAUGAACUUCGCGGCAGAGUCGAUGCUGGGAGUGACCACCAUAAGGGCCUUUGCAGCUACAAAGAGGUUUAUUCAGAGAAAUCUUCAGCUCAUAGACACAGAUGCGACACUGUUCUUCUACACCAAUGCAGCACUGGAGUGGGUGCUUUUGCGUGUAGAAGCACUGCAAAUCUUGGUCAUCAUCACGUCAUCCAUCCUUCUUGUCACACUACCGGAGGGAGCUGUUGCUCCAGGAUUCCUUGGUCUCUGUCUCUCAUAUGCAUUGACGCUUUCUUCUGCUCAAGUGUUCCUAACAAGAUUCUACUCAAAUCUGGAAAAUUACAUAAUAUCUGUGGAGAGGAUCAUGCAGUUUAUGCAUUUACCAGAAGAGCCUCCGGCUGUCAUCCCUAACAGAAGGCCUCCUUCAUGGCCAUCUGAAGGAAGAAUCGAUUUGGAUAAUUUGAGAGUCAAAUACAGGCCAAAUGCGCCUACGGUUCUGCGCGGAAUCAGCUGCACAUUUACAGCAGGAAACAAGAUUGGUGUUGUUGGCAGAACUGGGAGUGGGAAGACGACUCUUCUGAGUGCACUGUUCCGCCUUAUCGACCCAUACAGCGGCCGGAUACUCAUUGAUGAUCUUGACAUUUGCACCAUUGGACUGAAGGAUCUGAGGAUGAAGCUCAGCAUCAUUCCCCAAGAGCCAACACUUUUCAGAGGCAGUGUAAGGAGUAAUGUGGAUCCUCUAGGUCUGCAUUGUGACGAGGAAAUCUGGGAGGUUUUAGAUAAGUGCCAACUGAAGAAAACAAUCAGUGCUCUUCCUGGACUACUUGAAUCACCAGUGAGUGAUGACGGCGAGAACUGGAGCGCCGGUCAACGGCAGCUCUUCUGCCUUGCGCGUGUUCUCCUCCGAAGGAACAAGAUUUUGGUCCUUGAUGAGGCGACAGCAUCCAUCGACUCAGCCACCGACGCCAUCCUGCAGAGGGUCAUCAAGAAAGAAUGUUCAGGGUGCACAGUCAUCACCAUAGCACACAGGGUUCCAACUGUCACAGACAGUGAUAUGGUCAUGGUCCUUUCCUACGGCAAGAUGAUCGAGUACAGCAGGCCAUCAAUUCUGAUGGAAAAUAAGAACUCUGCAUUUUGUAAGCUUGUCGAUGAGUACUGGUCCAACUAUAACUGA